UGCCUGGCUGCGGCUGCAUGGGCCCCCUAAAAUUCUUUACAUAACUCCACACAAAUAAAACAGUGCCUCCCUUGUUCCGGUUUCAAUCAAAUUUAAUGGGAAUGCGAUUGCAUGCGGAUUGGAAAUGGUCGCGGACGUAUUCGCAGUGAGCAGACUCGAGUGGGCUGUGUAGUGUCGGAAUGAAUACAAUUUUAAUUUGUGGAAUGUAGCCAAAAUAUUGUUUUAAAUAUUAUGAGCGAGUUGCAGUCGACUAUAGAGUUUUCUGUGGAGCUAUUUAAAUUUUAUAAUGUCGAUUUGUUUCAAAGAGGAAUGUACCAAGUUCGAUGUUCACUGCGCGUUUCCUCAAAACUGAGCGUCAACGUAGAAGUUACCACCCCAGAAGUAACUACCGGCCUAGGAACAGCGAUCGUUUUGGGAAACUAUGGUGCCUGCAGACCCUUCCAGAUCCUCUACAGGAACGAGGAGGUCACGUUAAAAGACGUCGUCCUGUUCAGAUGCCACAUGUUAGUGGACGGCAAUAACCUUAGGGAAUCCCUGGAGAGGGCGGAGUUUUGUUUAGUUUUGGAGUUGUGGUUCAGCGAUACGUCUCCUGUAUCCAUGGUAAUGGUCUCUUCGAGAACGCUGCAGCUGAACAUGUCCCCCAUCGAAGGCCUACAUUACCACUUACCUAUUCUGUUCGACUACUUUCAUUUGUCCGCCAUUUCCCUGACCAUACACUCCGCACUGACUGCCUUACAUCAGCCCUCGAUGAAGAAGGGGAUACUGCGGUACAUGCAAAGUUGUGCCCCGAAAAGUUCAAAAUCGUGGAGUAAAAUCAGGUCAGCCCACUGUUCUUCUUUAACGGAUCCCGUCCUACUAGUGAGUAGUAAUAAGGUUUAUAGCAGAAUUAACGAAUCUCCGCAAGUACAUCUAGAGGUGUACAAUGUUCUACUCGACUCUAGCAAUAAUCUGAAGGCCACCAUCAAAGAAUACAAAAUGUUAUUGUUGCAAAGGGAGGAAGUCGUAUCGGAAAACUACGACACCCUGAUCGUUAAACACAAUGAGUACGAUAGCACAAAGUUGAUGAAAAAACGACCGUUUCUACAAAACUCGGGUCUUGCAGAACUGUGCGCGGAGAACAUCAAGCUGUGGAAUUAUUUUUUACUAACAUUUAGUUGUAAAAUUGCAAUUCAGCAGCACUUAAGCAAGAAACAUCACAGCUUAAGGGUUAGGAGGUUUGCUGAAUUGUUUUUCCUCGUGUACAACCCAAGGAGUUCUGCGUUCGGAUGUUACGAGACGAACUAUCAAAAAUAUUUGGUAAUCGCGGAAAUCGCAAGAAGAUCCAAAUAUAUGCAAAUGUUACCACCUCUUCCCGUCCACUGUGUAGCACUGGACGGUGAGACAGCAACGAUGCCGGUGAUAUUCGAGGAUCAGUACCAGGACCCGUUUGAGUUCGAAAAACGGAACUGCGAGGGACUCUCGUUAACACCGCAGGAAGAAUCGGACCCGUGGAUAUCAAAAACGCGCAACCGCUUGGACUUGGACGAAACGAACUGUUCUUGUGGAAUUGGUAGACUGUGGGAGAAUCGGAAAAACGCCGAAAAGCCCUUGCCGGGCACCAACGUUUUCAGCGUAGAAGACCCCCUAAGUUUCGCGAUUCCCACCAGACAUAGCAAAUCCUUAGAUCAAUUACAGAUGUGUUCAAGAAAUAAUUUCCAUUAUUCUUUAAGUAACAUAAGAGGACAAACAGGCGAUAGCAAGCACUUGGGGAGGUCGCAGUUUUGCAAAACAGAACCAACUUUGAAAAACGUAGCUAGCGAGCACAACAUGCGCAACGGGAAAUAUUUUUUACACGACGAUAUCAAAACGAAGCUGAGUAGUACCAAGGAAAAUAUAUGCAGCUGUCCGUUAAAUAGUUACUUCACGUUGAGCGGUAGCAGGAAAUCGAGGAAUAGCAGCGUCGUGGGAAAAGGCGAUAUGACGUUGGAUUUGAAUGUGGUCACGGAGAAAAAAUAUAAACAGUUUAAUAUAAAGAAUCUGACGAACGUCAAGCAGCAGUACAACACCCUAGUGAAGUCCAUGAGCCAAACGCCUUCCGACAGCAGCCAAAACAUAUUCAGAUCGAAUUCGAUGCAGUUUUUUUCUCCGAAAAAGAGAGUCUCGAACAAGCUAAACAUGCUUCUAGCGAAAAAGGGCAGCGCUAGGAAGUCCGAUAGACUAAUCGAAAACGGCGCGCAAAUCAAAACAACUCCACACGCGGACCAAGAUUACACGAGGAAAUCAAAAUCGAAAAAACACUCGUCGGGUGGCAAACAGUUCGAAAUUGGUUCGACGAGUAGCUCGACGGAGAGUUUAUCUGUGGAAAAAUUAACAGGGUCAAAAUACGAAGCUUUACUUAGUUGUAGUGGUCUUAGGAGGGUACGUAGCACUUCUUGCUUAGUAGAGGAAUUUUUUCCAUUAAUAUUAUCGGGCACGGAAUCACUGCCGAACAUAACUUCGAAACUAGAAGAACGACUUUAUCCUGAAAUGAAAUACUUCAGUAGUUCCACUUCGUCUACCACGAGCGAGCAGAGCGGCUGGAUAACUUCGAGGAGUAGUUCAAUAGCCUCUAGUACUGACGUAACCAAUCCUGCCACAAGUGCUAUCAUGAACGUUGAAAAAAUUCAGAGGAGACUGUUCGGUACGGACAGCAGAAGAAGCAAAGAGAAAUUUCUAAUCAAAAAUAAAUCAAAUAAAUUUUAUUUAGAUAGUGAUAGCUCGAACGGGCACAAGAAAAAAUAUCAAAAACACGAUCAAGACUUUCCUUUGUACAAAGGCUGUGAAUUUAAUCAAAUUUGUGAGGAUUUUGCUUUACCGCCUCCAAAACAGUUUAGAGAUUUAGAAUCGCCGUCGAGUUCGGUCACGAACGGCACAAACGAAGAAGAAAUCAAUGCGGUAGAUAACCUUUUAUACCACGUCGUCGAUACUCAAACUAACCUCGAAAGGAAACCCAGUCAAUUUGAUUUGAAAUCAUCCACGGAAAAACAAGACGCUCAUUUCGACAAAGUUAACACCGAACCCCUGAAAUCGUUCUUAAAAGCAAAAAAGGAGUUUAAGAGUCAAUUAAAGUUCCCCGGCUUGCUUUACUCGGACCUGAACAAGUUCGCUUCGACGGUACCUUACUUCCAUAUCAGCGACGAGUUCAGGAUAUUUUCGCCCGAAGGGAUGCACCUUGUGGUCUGCGUGCACGGUUUGGACGGGAACUCCGCCGACUUAAGACUAGUGAAGACGUACCUAGAGCUGGGGUUGCCGGGAGCUUAUUUGGACUUCCUUAUGUCCGAAAGGAACCAGGGGGACACUUUCAGCGAUUUCGACACCAUGACGGAUCGGUUAAUAAGCGAAAUUCUUCAUUAUUUAGAUACGAGUAGCAUAAGACCAACUCGAGUAAGUUUCGUCGGACACUCGCUAGGUAAUAUUAUAAUUAGGUCGGCCUUGACGAGGCCACAAAUGAAAUUUCUUCUACCAAGACUGCAUACCUUUUUAUCACUCUCUGGACCACAUUUAGGAACUUUAUAUAACAGUAGCGGGUUAGUAAACAUGGGUAUGUGGUUUAUGCAAAAAUGGAAAAAAUCGGGAUCGCUUCUCCAAUUAUGUUUGAAGGACUGCACAGAUCCCCGACAGUCGUUUUUAUACCGUUUAAGUCAACGAAGCACCCUGCAACAUUUCAAAAACAUUUUAUUAUGCGGAUCGGGACAAGAUAGAUACGUACCGCUUCAUUCGGCGAGGAUCGAACUGUGCAAGGAGUCCCUAAGGGACACCUCGGACUUGGGCGCAAUCUACCGAGAAAUGGUGCACAACAUCUUGUCCCCGAUAAUUGCUCAGAAGGAACUGAAACUGUUGCGCUACGACAUCCACCACGCCUUACCCAAUACUGCCAACGCAUUAAUCGGUAGGGCGGCGCACAUAGCGGUUUUAGAUUCGGAACUGUUUAUCGAAAAAUUCAUGGUGGUGGUUGGUAUUAAAUAUUUCCGUUAG